AUGAGCUUCGAUCAGGCGAGUGACUCUGACCGAGAGUCAUCAAUUGAGGGGGACAACCGCAUUCUACCCCACGCCCAGCUCACAACGGACGUCAAGCGUGCUGCUCGUUCUGGGCGCACUCGUUUCGAUCCCCCUCUGCCUGCAUACGGUGGCGAGGGCCAGGAGUUCCAAUUGCAAGAAUCCGGUGAUGAGUCGGAUAACAGCGACUAUACCCCUCCAGUCUUGCGGACUUUUUCCUCCCUUAACCCGCCCUCCUACUCGGACGACGACGGAAACGACGACGACGACGACGACGACGACGAAGAAGAGCAGGAGCAAGAUGAUAGCCAGCGAGCGGAAGAACAGUUGUUGAACGGCUACAAUAUGUAUCAGCCGACCCAAUACUCGCUCACUGCGGACCAAAAUCUCAAUUAUUCAAUCCCCCCAAUCCCGUCGCAAGACGAGCUGCCGCAGCCAAUCUACUCUAGCGAAGAUGAGGACAGACCGCUCGACAAGUAUGCGAUUUUGGCUGCUGCGAGCAGAGAUCGUACCCCGGAACCCAUUGAUGGUCUCCCAGGUCCAGACGAGGAGGUUGGCGCACCACCUUCGGCUCAGCCACGGGAAGACAUCGAAAUGGCCAUAAAACGAUCCAGUCCAACGACACCUCUGAGCCUGUUGCGAAAGGCCACCAAACGAAACUUGACGCACAGCGAGAAGGAGCGACGUGCCGACAAGAAAAGGCUGAAGACAAAGGCCGCUCCAGCUGUCGCCGUUGGUGCCAGCUUCGCUGCCGAGAAUCCCGGGAUGAACGGUGACCUUGUCGAUGAUUCUACGCCGUCCGAUCCAGAUGUCGACGACGACCCUGUCACCGAGACAACGCCCAGCAAGCAAGCAAAGAGGCCACCAGCGACGCCCGUCCUAGCCACUACGCCAGCCAGCCAGAAGCGCAAGCAGCAGUCUAAGCCCACAUUCGCACUCGCAUCUCAACAGAAGCCUCUGAAGACGUAUCGUCAAAAGAGCUCUAGCAUCAGGUCCGAUCCCUACAUCGAUGACGAUAGCGAAAAUGGUUCUGGCAAUGGUGGUGACAAAACCAAUGGGGAGCAUGCGGCUAGCCCAACAGCCGAAGCGUCUGGUCAAACUAUGAAGCAGACCAAACUGUCUUUGUCCGCCCAGAAGGAACGAGAUGCGGCAAGUACACAGGUUGCAAUGGGUAACGGCAAUGUCUACGCAGACUCCUACAUCAACCCGGAAGACAAAGAAACGAGCCAGCCAGCCAAAUACUCCUACUACACCUCAGAAUCCGCUCAACCGAAAAUCAAUGACAUGAUUCAAGAGCGUUUCGGAGCCGGCCGGCACUCUUUCAACGAAGUGCUCGAUACACUUUGGAACACGAUCUUUUCCGUAUGCCCUGGAAAGGCGCGUCAAAAGACCAUCGACUACUGCCGCAAAAACUUCCAUAACUUCAAGGCGCGCGGCGGCAACUGGACGGUAGAAGAGGAUGAGGACUUGGCCAUGCUGGUCGAGCAGCACGGCAAGCAGUGGACGAAAUUGUCCAAGGAACUCAACCGCCAUCCAGAUGAUAUUCGGGACAGGUAUCGAAACUACGUCAUUUGCGGUCCAAACCUGGAUCGGUCCGGCUGGACUGACGACGAGGAGCGCUUGCUUUUGAGAUUUGUUGAAGAGGCACGCGAAACCCUCAGGGGCCCUUUGAGAACCCGUCCAAUUGAGUCGACUAUUGAUUGGCAGAAGAUCAGCGACGCGUUUGGUCGCAGCCGCAGCCGUCUCCAAUGCUUCACCAAGUGGAAACGGUUGCAAGGCGAAUAA